UGUAAAUAGAUUAUUAGAAAAAUAAUAACGCGAAGCAAGAGACUUUUUGCUAAGCUAAGAAAAAAUUGAGAUUAUUACCUUCCAUUCUUUAAAAAUUCAUAAGGAAAACAUGGCUGUGGUGGUAGAAACUACCAUAGGAGAUUUCACAGUAGAUCUUUAUACCGAGGAACGUCCUCAAACUACACGGAAUUUCCUGAAGUUGUGCAAACUGAAGUACUACAACUGGAACCUCUUUCACUCAGUGCAAACCAACUUCAUCGCACAGACUGGUGAUCCCACCGGUACUGGGAAGGGUGGAGAGAGUGUAUAUGGUAUCGUACUAGGUGAGAAGGCCCGUUAUUACGAGGCUGAACAGAUGCCAAAAAUCAAACACACCCGUGUAGGUUUGCUGUCCAUGGUGAAUUGUGGGAAUAACAUGCUGGGCUCACAGUUCUUUAUCACCCUGGGAUCGGAGCUGCAAUCCUUAGACAAUGAACACUGUGUAUUUGGAGAGAUAACAGAAGGAUUGGAGGUGGUCCUCAAGUUCAACGAGACUAUCUGUGACGGAGAUCAGAGGCCAUAUCAAGACAUAAGGAUAUCCCAUACUGUCAUCUUGGAAGAUCCAUUUGACGAUCCUAUGGGGUUUGUAGUUCCUGACAGAAGUCCGGAACCUACAAAGGAAGCUUUAAUGAGCGAUAGAAUUGGAGCUGAUGAAGCAAUCGACGAUACUGGCGGCAUGACCACGGAGGAAAUCACAGAAAUGCAGAAGAACAAGGAAGCAAAGGCGAGAGCCACGAUAUUAGAGAUUGUGGGUGAUAUACCGGACGCGGAUAUUGCUCCGCCAGAAAACGUCUUGUUUAUCUGUAAAUUAAACCCGGUCACAAACGAUGACGACCUCGAAAUUAUUUUCAGUCGUUUCGGAAAAAUUGUUGGCUGCGAAGUUAUAAGAGAUCACCAAACAGGCGACUCCUUGCAGUAUGCAUUCAUCGAAUUCGCCGAUCGCAAGAGUUGCGAGGAUGCAUAUUUUAAAAUGGAUAAUGUUCUGAUCGACGACCGAAGGAUACACGUGGAUUUCUCACAAUCAGUCGCGAAGAUGCGUUGGCGUGGCAAGGGAAAAGGUAUCCGGUAUUUCGAUGAGGACGACAAGCCGAAGAAACGCGAGGAAAAUUAUUCUUCAAGGAAACCUGACGCAUUACACGACAGGAAUCAUGACAACGGUAAAAGCAAAGAGGAAGGAAAAAGAAAGGAGAGCGAUAAAGAUCGUAGUUCCGAACACAGAAAGCACGAGCGCCGAAGAGAAGACAGAGAUAGAAGAAAGGAAGAUAGAUCGUAUGAUGAUCAUUAUGAGAGAAAUAAGUACGGCAUUGAACGAAAAGAUAGAAGAAGAAAGGAGGAACGACGAGAUAAGGAUAGAAGUGAUCAGAGGAAGGGUCACAGCGAAGACAGAUUGGAAAGGAGAGGCAGAAGGGAUGAUUAUAGUGAUAGGGAACGGCGGCAUCGUGAUAAUGAGAGGAAAAGGCCGGACGACAAUGACGAUACGAGACACAGAUCGCACAAACAUAAAAGAAAACGGUGAAAAAAAUAGAUAAAAGGAUUAAAGAAGCUUCAUUAAGCUAUGUAUUUACUAAAGGAACAUAGAGCAACAUUUGCAUUUCCGUUUGCUUUCUGCGAAAGUUCCAAUAUUUCUCUCGAUGUUUCUCAAGCCUAUUUUAUAAUAUGCUUUUUAUUUCCUGCUUCUUUCGAAGUUCAUUAAUUUUUAU